CAUUCAAGUAAUUCAAUGGCAAUAUGUAAAAAAGCUACUAUCUGGAAUGGGUAUGUUAAUACAUAUAAUUUUCUCAGUUUAAAAGAAGUGUGAAUAAUGUUCAUGGAGGCAAAAAUAACGUAGACCUUUGACCUUUAUAGAAGCGUGGAGUCUAGAGUUACUUUAUUUUCUGUAUUCAUUUUUUUAUAAUGGUGACAGAAAGUUUUAUCCUAACUGUGAAAUCAACUAAGUGAAUGUACAGUUUCCCAUGUUAGUUAUACACAAUAACUGGAGACCUAGUUUGGGAUGCAUCAGAUGCAUCUAGGCAGUUCAGUGUGAUUAAAAAUGACAUUGAGGAUAUAUGUAUGCACAUAGAAGAGCAUAAGUUGGAUUCCCAUGUAACAAUCACUAGGUGCUUAUCAGGCAAAAACUUUCUUCACUUUAGUAAUGGAAUGACUUUAGGUGCCUUCAUGCUAAUUUUUUAAAAGUACCCAAAGAAGUGUAGUGGUUAGGGGGUCAGACUUGGACUGCACCUGGAUUCAAAUUCCUCUCAGCCAUAAAUCUCAAUGGAUCAGUCACUCUUCUCAUUCUCGACACCUGUAAAAUAUAGUAUAGAGUUGCUUUCAUUGGUAUUGUGAGAAAGUAUCAUUUUAUUUUAUUAUCUUUUAUUAUCUACAGGAAAAAUACAGCAUCCAGUGCUCAGAAAACUCCUAGCACCACAAUAGCGCAUAGAAACUGAAUAAUAAACAUGCCUUUGCUAGGUCAUGACAGAUUGCACAUAAAGGCUCAUUACCCUUGCACUUGUAAUUGUUUCCAUAUAUAUAUAUAUAUAUAUUGCAUAUUUUUCUUUGGUGGACAUUUUCUUUCACUGAGUAAACGCCCCAGAUACACUCAUCGCAUUCUGGCAGCAUCUUUGCCUUAGAAAGACCGAUUUGGGCAAUAGAGAAUGGGUUGCUUUGUUUGGGAGGUGUGAAAGCACACCUUACUUCUUCAAAACGGAUUGCCAUCAAUUGGCUAUUCUUCCUCAGAAGAGCUUUGCCAGCUCUGUUAAAAUCCCAGCACCAAGAAACUCCAGUUUAUGUCCAUACAAAGGAUACUGAGUGUUGGUUUUGCAGGGUUAUGUUCAUGAUGGGAGGCAGGUGCUAUGAUCUGUGGAACCCUACAACAUCUGUGGAUAUUGAGUCGAAGCACAGCUACAUAGGAAGCUAUAUUCAGCCUCCACAAAAAAUCCCCACUCCGUUUGGUGACUUGUGGCCAAAGAAGACAGCAGCUGUUGCAACAGACACUCCUGCACCUAAUAGUCAAGCUCUAGUGUCAGCUCUGAAAAGUCUGCAAGAAAAGAUCCAUCGUCUUGAGUUGGAGAGGUCACAGGCUGAAGAUGACCUGAAUUGCCUUUCCAGAGAAGCUGCCCAGUAUAAAAAAACUUUGCUGCAUGAAUCAAAUGAGAAGGAUAUAGCUAAUCAGGAACUGAUGCAAGAACGGAAAGAUGUGAGUGUUCAGUUAAGUGCAGCGCAAUAUCGCUGCUCCUUGUUGGAGAAACAACUAGAUUACAUGAGGAAAAUGGUGACCAGUGCAGAGAUGGAAAAGAAGUUGGUUCUGGAAAAGCAGACCCAGCUCCAGAAGGAAAAAGAUCAGAAUCAAGUAGAGUUAUGUGCAAAACUUGACAAGCUUGAAAUUCUAGAAAAAGAAUGUUGGCGACUUACUGGCACUCAGAAAGCUGCAGAAGAAAAGAUCAAACACUUGGAGGUGAAGCUUCAGGAAGAACAACAUCAUCGUAAGCUAAUACAAGACAAGGCAGCCCAGCUCCAAACAGGACUUGAGAUGAAUAGAAUUUUGAUGUCUUCACUUUCUCCCCAAAAAGAAGCAAAGAAGAAAAGCAGGAAGAAGAAAGCAGUGAAGAAAAAUACUAGUUUGUGGAAAGAAUACAGCUCACAACAAUACCUACCAACUGAAGCACUACCUUUUGUUGCUGGGAAGUCUACAAGCUCAAGUCAUUCUAUUGUUGCAAAUGUUCAAAGUAUCUUGCAUAUGAUGAAAAGUCGUGGUCCACAUGUAACUCCACAAUGUCCGGAAGGAGCUGAAAAAAGGGUUUCUAGAUGGACGGAUGUGUGCAGAUCUGGAUCUUCUUGUUCCACAUCUUCUGCUGCUGAAAAUCUUUCUGAUCUUCUCUUGCUCAUGCAGGAUGAGCUGGGACAAAUGAGCUUUGAGCAUCAGGAACUGCUGAAGCAGAUUCAAGAAACUAAAAACCACGAGGUUCGGGAAGACCUAGAACGUGAACUGGAUUGCCUGGUAAAGCAGAUGGAAAUUAAAGGAGAGCAGAUCACCAAGCUGAAAAGGCACCAGGAGAAUGUUUAUAAACUGAAGCAAAAGGCUCAAAAGCUGAAAAGAAAAGCAGCUAAUGUAUCAAAGCCUGAUGACUUGAAAGUGACUAAAGAAGUCACAGUCCCUCCAACAAGCAGUGUGUAUGGUACUUGCUCUGUAAAUAAGAGUACUAAUUCUCUUCAGCUAUUAAGAAGUGCUCAGAAAAUUCAGUCAGUAUUGAAGAAGGAUGACAUUCUGUGGGAACCAUAGCUUACAAUACUAGUAUCAGAGAUCACUGUUUGCUAUCCAUCAGGAACUGGACUGAAUGGGGCUUUCGUGCCUGAUGCUUUAUUUGUCCACACACCCAUACAUUCUGAGAUUUAGAUCUAGGGCAAUGAGCACCUGUAUUUCUAUAUUUUAAAAAAUAUAAUUGUAAUUUGGUUUGAAUAAACUCAACAUUCUUUUUUAAUUAAAGGCUAUGUCACUCUA